GUUGCAGCUUGAUCGUGUGCUUCGUGCAUGGCCAAACCGCGAAAGUUCUGACCGAAAAAGCAGAACAAUUGGAGAGUAGGUAGCUUUCAGCAACGCUACCAACUACACCACAACCACCACCACCACCAAUGCCGACAUUGACGAAUUCCAGACCAUCAUUGAUUGACUCGAGCAUCGCCGUAGCUUCAACCGAACCAGAUACGAUCUUUUCGUCAGCCAAGCAGGUAAUGUCUGUUCCGUACGGAAUUCUUGAUUAUCUAUCUCCUGCUUUCUUCAAUUCAAUGGUUGACUGGCACUCGAAGCUUUGUGAAAUCGUCCUUUCUGCCCUUACGGCAAGGUUGACGUUUGACGUGGGAGAAACUUAAUCCGAAGUUCGAGCCCCGUUGAACAUUUAAAUCCAGGCUCCAAAGACAAUAACGCGAGUAGGAUCCGUGAUCAGCAUGGUGGACAAGCUCGCUCCAGAUGAGUUAAAGGCUUGCAAAGAGGCGUUCGCCAUGUUUGACAAAAACCACGAUGGAACAAUUUCCACCAAGGAGCUCUAUGCGGCAAUGCGAAGAGCAGGUCAGAAUCCUCGAGAAGAGGAUGUUCAAAACUUAAUCAACGAAUAUGACGUGGAUGGAAGUGGAUAUUUGGAACUGCGAGAGUUUUGCGAUCUUAUGUACAAAGAGAUGGCCAAAGGUGAUCAAGAGCAACAUCUCCAAGAAGUCUUCCGUGUAUUUGCCAAAGACGAAACAGGGUGCAUCACCGCUGAGGAGCUGAAGUUCGUCUUGACCCACGUACCAGAUGAGAGAGUGACCUACAAGGAGAUUGACGAGAUGAUCAAGACUGUGGACGAGAAUGGAGACGGCAAAAUCAAUUACCAAGAAUUCAGGGUCAUGAUUGGAGCUCAGCCCAAUCUGACAGCUUCAGUAACUGAACAGAAUCCAAUUCUAGCUCAAAUGAGGAAUAACCGCAACAAGCAAAUGGAUGAAGAUGAGCGGGCCACAAGCUCAAAUCAACGACCUAGUCCCAAAAACCAGAAUCGGACUAAUCGUCCUAAUUUCAAUGAGCCUCGACCUCAAUCUCGCGAAUACUACGCUUAUCAUUCGCCUUAUCAUCACGGUGCUCAAAAUUAUGGUCGAAACACGUUUGAACGUUUCGAGUUUGACCAUGUGUGAUAAACAUCUAGUACUUGUCGAUGUGCCUUGAUCUUGGAACCACUACAGUUUUUCACUCAUCCGCUGACAAUGAACCCUUUUCAAUGAAGUGAAAAGUUUUCCCACGCCGGUGUUCUUAUUCAUAUUGGAGACCCCUACACAAAAAGUGGGCCCAGCACAGCCUGGUUUCGAGGGCCUUACGGAGCGCUCACGGAUUUUACUUACAUGCAUUCUUCAUGUCCUUUCUCAUCUUAUUGUCAACGUCCAAAUCCAUCGAGUUCUUCUCAGUUUUCUCCUACUUCAACGUCUAAAUUUAACCUACUUGCAAGAGCAUUGAGCACUUCAUUGAUUUACUCUCUGUUCCAAGAAGUGCUGAACAUUGUAAAACAAAAUAUGAUAAAUAUUAUAUUUCAUCAAGCCAUUCAUUGUUAGCCGUCAUCCUGACGUUAAACGUCACUGCUAAUUAUUGCGACGAUAUUUGGAUGGUUUUGCCCACUAGAUCUUCAAAUGCAUCAUCAUUUUCAUCUCUGAGGCCCAGAGCUCAAAACUGCCAAACUGAGUCAGUGGAGAAACGUACGUAGCGCAGCGACGGCCUUACUCUCAAAGGAUGGGGAAAAUAGCGUGCGAAACACAGAUCCGGGACCUCAAACCAGAAGUCCUUCUUCGACUUCCUCUCCUUUGGAAAACGGAACGUAGGAAUGAAGGGGGCCAACCUUCGCCGGGGUUCCCGGACUCACCAAGAUUGCUUUGGCUGAGCAGAACAAAGACGAGUAAGAGGAGAGGCCAGCUCAAAGAUAGCCCAGAGCGGAACAUGAGGGAGGGUGGUAGUGUUGGUGGUGGUUGAGAAGGAGGAAGAGGUGGAGGAAGAGGAGGAGAAGGAGGAACGGAGGAAAUGGGACCAGUUCCUCCUUCCUUCAUGCCAUAAGGGGCCUGAGCCCCAUUACUGUACUGCACUUCCACUACUUCUUCGACCACCGACGCGAGGAGGAGAGUGACGAGAACUCUGAAAAUCUAUGGAGCAGUAGGGAAUUGACGGUUUCGUUCCAAGACCAUUGCAAGGCCAGGGGGCCACCAAGACUUUGAGCGAGAAGAAAAUAAGAGCAAGAGGAGACGAAAACGAGAAGAAGAAGGAGGAGGAGAGGAAGAAGAACACGAAGAGGAGGUGGAGGCACAAGGACUGGAGGAAGAAGCAACAAAUAUUCGGGGGAGCCUCUAAAACCCAGAGGAACAGCGUGUUUCUCUCGACUUCCUCAUGUUCUGAGCUUCGAGUGAACUUACUUCUCCAUGGAAUCGAGGCUCGGGGCUUGAGGUUGCUGUUGGUGGCGUUGUUGUUGCUGUUGUUACUCCUGUUGUUGUUGAAAGUGGUGGCGGAGGCGGUGAAGGCUGCUGCAGUGUUCUUGAAACUGUUGAGGAGAACGAAGCCAAGAAGAGCGAACCGAAGACGCAGACGAAAACGGCACAAGCGAAGCAAUGCAAAAGCGGGCACUCAAUAACGCCGAAGGAGCCUUGCCAGAUGACAAAGACGACGAAAUAGUAGCAUUGUAGAACUACCACGGUCCACUCAGCACUGACUGCACUUGAAUAUACUGUACAUAUACACGCACGCACUUCCAGGGGUGCAUUGACGGCCGGAGCACGGGGCUAAACUUCAACGAGGCCUUCGCCCGGCGAAGCAAAGGCCG